AUGAGAGCAGGGCCGAGUCGAAAACAUCAUCUCCCCGUCAGAGGUUUCUUCCUUGCGAUGCAUACGCGGUGUAGUGGUGCAAGCACUUCGGAGGGUGGCCACCAACAAGCCACUGCUGGGCGGCAGACGCCCGUCUCAUGGCCUGGCGUGUGGAACGACUUCGGUGGUGCCCCCCCUCUCUUCGUUUCGCCUGGAAUCAUUCGACCAGUGCCCCUUCCACCUGGGAUCAUUCGACCUAUACCUAUUCGGCCUAUGCCCCUUCCACCUGGGAUCAUUCGACCUAUACCUAUUCGACCUGUGCCCCUUCCACCUGGGAUCAUUCGACCUGUGCCCGUGUCUAUUCAGCAUCUGACAGGUGGGGUUGUGCCCGCUGGGCCUCCGGACGUGGGGCCUUGGAACAUUGGGCCGGUGAAGAUGAAUCCCAACUACGUCGACCCACUGGAAGUCGACCCACUGGAAGUCGAGCCGCAGGAAGUCGAGCCACUGAAGGUCGAGCCACUGGAGGUCGAGUCACUGGAAGUUGAGUCACUGGAAGUUGAGUCACUGGAGUUCAACCCACUAAAGGUCAAUCCACUGAAGGUCGACCCACUGAAGGUCGACCCACUGAAGGUCGACCUAGUGGCUGCCCCGGAGGAGGAGGCCCCGGAGAAAGUUACCUCUGUGGGCGACGUUUCCGGCGCGACGGGCUUGGAAGCGGCAGCGGCCGGCGCGUUUCGGUCGAUCCUUCCAAGGCCGGACGUUAGCCGUAGUUGUUUCCGGUACCGGCAGUGUGGUGAGAUUCCGUGGAAGUGUAAAAUCGACUUGGAGGCUUUGCGGAAAGAAAAUGUGGCAAGGACGAGAUGGGCGUUCCUAUCGGUGGGCGAGUGGUCCCGUGUUCUGAGUUUCCCGGAGGAGGCGCUACGAUCAUGUCGGAAAGGAUACUUGGAAGCCGCGUAUUUAAUUGCUUCAUACAUCCGCUAUCCAGUGGGCGACGUGAUACCAUUAGUGAAGUUCAAGUUACAAGACAGGUUCCAGACCCUACGUGGGCUCCGGAGAGACAUGAAACCCUGGGAGCUAAGGAUAGUCAGUGUGCAUCUCUGCGUCUGGAUUACGGGAUGUAUACUACAACACGCAAAGGUUGAUCCUGCCCGUCUGGAAUGGUUCUGUCUCGAAAAAUUGAAGUACAAAUCGAAAUCCGAAACUGAAAGCGGAUGGAACUUCGCAAGCACCUACUGGAAAAGCCCCAAGGCCGUUAUUUCGCAUCCCAAGACGCCCAGCUACCUUAGAUUUCUCUUUGAGGAUGACACGGUCGUGGAACUUGAAAAAUUCGCAACCAUGACUAAGUCCGGACCAGAAGGCAGAAGGGCGGGCAGACCAAGAAAAAACACCACUCCUUACACGGACCCCAACAUGGACCCCCAAGACGCACCGCUCGACCUUAGCCGUGUCCAUUAA